GCGGAGCCGCACUCGGAGCGGGGAGGAGGCCUGGGCGCAGAGGUGUUCCCGGGGGCGGGGGGCGGCGACCCGCGCCUAUAGGCUCUCCCGGGACGGGGGGGACCGGGCCUUGGCCGGUUAGGCUCUGAACGGUGCGGACGCUCGGUGCCGUCGCUCCGUCCUCCCGCCGCGUCCUGCCGCCCGCACCUGCCUCGUGCACCUGCCGCCCCGCUCACCGCAGCCCGGCCUCAGCAUGACGGACCAGGGGGCCUUCGACACGGAUAUCGUCACCCUGACCCGCUUCGUCAUGGAGGAGGGCAGGAAGGCCCGCGGCACGGGCGAGAUGACCCAGCUGCUCAACUCGCUCUGCACGGCGGUCAAAGCCAUUUCCACGGCCGUGCGCAAGGCGGGCAUUGCGCACCUCUAUGGAAUCGCUGGCUCUACCAACGUGACCGGUGAUCAAGUGAAGAAGCUGGAUGUCCUCUCCAAUGACCUGGUUAUUAACAUGUUAAAGUCAUCCUUUGCCACCUGCGUUCUUGUGUCAGAAGAAGAUAAGCACGCCAUUAUAGUAGAGCCCGAGAAAAGGGGUAAGUAUGUGGUCUGUUUUGAUCCCCUGGAUGGAUCUUCCAAUAUUGACUGCCUUGCGUCCAUUGGAACAAUUUUUGGCAUCUACAAAAAGAGUUCAACUGAUGAGCCUUCUGAGAAGGAUGCUUUGCAGCCAGGCAGGAACCUGGUAGCUGCUGGCUAUGCCCUGUACGGCAGUGCCACCAUGUUGGUCCUGGCCAUGGUGAAUGGCGUCAACUGCUUCAUGCUGGACCCGGCCAUUGGAGAGUUCAUUUUGGUGGAUAAAGAUGUGAAAAUCAAAAAGAAAGGAAAAAUCUAUAGCCUCAACGAGGGCUAUGCCAGGGAGUUCGACCCUGCUGUCACCGAGUAUGUCCAGAGGAAGAAGUUCCCCCCGGAUAACACAGCCCCUUAUGGUGCCAGGUACGUGGGCUCCAUGGUGGCUGAUGUGCACCGCACCCUGGUCUAUGGCGGGAUCUUUCUGUACCCUGCGAACAAGAAGAGCCCCAGUGGAAAGUUGAGACUGUUAUACGAAUGUAACCCAAUGGCCUACAUCAUGGAGAAGGCGGGAGGAUUGGCUACCACUGGGAAGGAAGCUGUACUGGACGUUGUUCCCACUGACAUCCACCAGAGGGCGCCAGUCAUCUUGGGGUCGCCUGAUGACGUGAAGGAGUUCUUGGAGAUCUACAAGAAGCACGCUGCCAAAUGAAGAACUGGGCUUGCCCACACCAAAAAGAAUUGCCAUUUUCUGGACCUUUUGUCUCCCACGGUGCUGCCCCUUUCUGGCUCCACAUAUUUCUAGACAGCAGAAAUAAAAAGCAUGACUAUUUUCACCAUCAGAUGCUGCCGUAUAGUACCUGGUGCUGACGUUCUAUCUCAGUAAUGCCACUGAGGGCAUAUUUUGAGUGGGUGGGGGAGAAAUAAACAUAUCCCUUCUAAAAAAGA